UCCAUCACUGGAGCAAGUAACAAACAGCCUCUCAUCCGAUCUCUCAGCCGAUCUCUGGAUGGAAUCAAUCAGUAUUGAGCUGUCAUUCUAACAACAGGCUCCAUGGCGGGCUGUGUGGCGUUCUGUGCACCUCAGGACAGGGCGGAGUCAGCUGACGAGCGCCGCUAUGGAAUCCGCUCCUACCUUCAUCUGUUCUACGAGGACUGCGCUGGCUCGGUGACCAGGGGCCGCGGUGAGCUGAGCAUCCAGCUCCCUGCCAGCAGGAGGCGCUCUCUCACCUGGAAGGUGGGGCUGUGGACGGGGGGGUUUCUCCUGUUGACUGGCCUGGUGACGGUCACCGCCGGUUACCUGGUGCCCCCGAGGAUCGAGGGGAUCGGGGAGGAGGAGUUCGUGGUGGUGGAUGAGAAAGCCGUCGAGUACAACGAGGCUCUGGAGGUGGCCAGGCUGACGGGGGCGGCGCUGCUCAGCCUGGGGGCCGCAGUCAUGGCGGGGUGUGUGCUGGCUCUCACCGCGGCUGCACGAACCCUACCGAAGGAAUUCCCGGCGGAGGCCAAACACGGCGCGGUGAUAAAGACUGGCUCUGGCGGCAGCUCUUGGCUCCCCGGCUCCUGGAACCGUGUGCAGAGCAUCCAACCCAAAGCCGCAACAUGAGCCCCGGCCUCGCCCUUACUCUCACCCCCCUCCCCUCACCCCCAUCACCACCAACCCCGCCCGGCCCCUGGUGAGCAGACUGUCCUCAGGGUCACAUCCAGCCCUGUCUCACCAGCAACUCCUCAUCCUUACAUCCCGGUACUGUGUCAGAGAUCUGUCUCUUC